AUGAGCAGGAUAUUGGUGAUCGGCGGGACGGGGAACAUCUGGCAGCACCUUGUGACGGCGAGCCUCAACGCCGGCCACCGGACGGCUGUGCUCGUCCGCCCGACCACCGUCGCACCCGACUCCGACAAGGCGAAGCUCUUGAACUCCCUCGAGGCCCGCGGAGUCAGCGUUGUCUACGGGGACAUGAUGGACCACGGGAGCUUGGUGGCGGCGAUCAAGCAGCAUGGGGAGGUUGUAAUCUCCGCCGUCGGACACGGCAGGCCGGAGGAGCUGGACGGCCAGAUCAAGAUCAUCCAAGCGAUAAAGGAGGCUGGAGAUGUGAAGCGUUUUGUGCCAUCUGAAUUCGGGUGUGACGUGGAGCAUCAUGCCGAGCGCACCCUGGAGCCAGCAAAGAGCAUGAUAGUAGAAUCCAAGCUUCGAGUUCGGCGAGCCAUCACAGACGUAGGGAUUCCUCAUACCAUCAUCUGCAGCUACUGGGCUAUUGGCUUGCUGUUUUCUACACUCGGCAACUCCGGAGAAAAUGGCCCUCUGUCGACGGCGGUGGACAUCUUUGGUGACGAAAAAUCACGAGCCAUCUUUGUAGACGAGAAGGAUAUGAGCAUGCUGACCAUAAGAGCCGUGGAGGACCCACGAACGCUUGACAAGAUCCUGCACGUGCGCCCUCCCGCCAACAUGCGCUCCUUCGGCCAGCUCCUCCAUCUCCUGGAGAAGAAAACCGGCAGGACGUUCGAGAGGCACUACAUCACCGAACAGGAGCUCGCCAAGAAAAUCCAAGAGGCUCCAUUCCCUCUCAACUUUCAGCUGGCGAUGGUGCACUCGACGCUGGUGCACGCCGGGGCGUGUGAGCGCGCGGUCGACCCGGCUGUUGACGUGGAGGCGACGCGGCUGUACCCGGACGUACAGUUCCUCACGGUGGAGGAGUGCUUGGAUGGCCUUCUUCUCUGA